CCCGUCCCGUCCAUUUGACAACUAGCGUACGUAAAAUAAAAUUAAAAAACUACGUGAUUUAAUGGGAAAUUAGAGAUUUUUAUUUUUUACUAUAUAGAUAAAUCACUGUCGUCGUGGAAAUUUGGAUUAGAGAUAGAGAGGAGAACAAAAUCAAUCGGAGCCAGAUCCGCGGCCAAGUAAAAGCUCCGAGCACAUCGCGCACGCAGAGAUGGGGGAGGAGAAGAGGCAUCAGAUGAUGCAGAACCUGUUCGGCGAUCAAUCCGAAGAAGAAGAAGAGGUUGAUUCCGAGCACGAGUCCAAUCCCCAGCCCAAUUACCCUUCUGAUGAAGGGGAGGGAGCACUGGAGCCUGAGGGUGAGGGUGAAGUAGAGGGCCAGGGGGAGGUAGAGGUAGAGAGUGAUGCUGAGCAGCGUGAUGUUAACCCUGAUCCAGGAGAAAGUGAGGGCGAGAGAGAACAAAGUUCCCAAGAAGUAGAAAUUGGUGAUCAAAGAGAAGAAAGUGAUGGAAAAUAUACAGACACUGAUGAAAAAGAAGAGUUGACAAGCCGGAGACGAAAUGUGAUUGAAAGUGGGUCUGAGAGGUCUGAGGAAAACCAUUACCCUGACAAUGAAGAUGACGAGGUUAAUCAGGCUAGAAGUCCGAGAUCCCCUGACGAGGAGAAGGACCAUACUCACAUCGCACACUCUGCUGUUCGUAAUGUAUUUGGUGACUCUGAUGAAGAAGAACCAACAGAUUACGCUGUUCAAAAUGACAUUGAGCAUGAACCAAAUAGAUCCCCAAUGGAAGAGGAAGGGAGCUAUGGAAAGAGUCCAAGACUAGAGGAUGUAGUGGCUGAUGAAGAUGCUAGAUAUGAUUCAGAAGAGGACAAUAUUGAGGCUAAACCUAGAGAGAAACCGGUUGGCCCCCCAUUGGAACUAGAGAUUCCACUGCGUCCGCCUCCUGCUCAUCCAGAAAAGAUGAACAUGAUCAAAGUUUCAAAUAUUAUGGGCAUUGACCCCAAACCGUUUGAUCCAAAGACAUAUGUGGAGGAGGAUACAUUUGUGACAGAUGAAUCAGGAUCUAAGAAGCGUAUACGUUUGGAGAACAAUAUUGUGCGAUGGAGGAGAGUUAGAAAUCCAGAUGGCACAACAUCGUGUGAAAGCAAUGCACGCUUUGUGAGAUGGUCUGAUGGCAGUUUGCAGUUGUUAAUUGGGAAUGAAGUUCUAGAUAUAUCCGUGCAAGAAGCACAGCAUGAUCAAGCACACCUAUAUCUCAGGCAUGAAAAGGGAAUCCUCCAAUCACAAGGAAGGGUUCUGAAGAAGAUGAGGUUUAUGCCAUCGUCCUUAUCAUCAAAUUCACAUCGACUGUUGACUGCUCUGGUUGAUUCUCGACAUAAAAAAGUGUACAAGGUUAAGAAUUGCGUUACUGACAUCGAUCCUGAGAGAGAAAAGGAGGAGAAAGAAAGGGCUGAAAGUCAAACAAUCAGAGCUAAUUUACUUCUUAAUCGGAAGAGGGAGAAGGUCAGUCGAAAGUAUACACCGACUGUGGACAGGAGGCGCCAACUUUCACCUGGUUUCUUGGAAGAUGCUCUUGAUGAGGAUGAUGAACCGGAUUAUUAUGAGUCUCGUCAUUCUCGCCGCCAUAUAGAGGAGGAUUUGGAAAUGGAAGCUCGAGCAGAGAAACGCAUUUUGAAUGCUAAGAAGGGAACUAAAGACAUCCCUCGCAAGUCAUCCUUGCCAACUGCCAAAUCAUCUCGUCGUUCAAUGGAUUUCUCUGAUAGUGAGAGAGGCGAGUCUGAGUAUGAAACUGAUGGGGAAGAAGAUGAGAUAUCUCCUCCACGUAAGAGGGUUGAGGAUCCAGAGCCAGAAUAUGAAGAUGAGGAAGAAGAAGAAGAAGAAGAACACGAAGAAGCCGAAGUUAAUGAAGCAUCCGAUGAGGAGGAGGCUGAGGAACCUAAGCAAAAGGCUAGGGAGUCUGGACACAGUCACAAGCGCAAGGAAAUCGAGUCAGAUGAAGACUCACCUCCUAGGAAGGCUGCACCACAUCGCAGAAUGGCGGUUGUUUAUGAUAGUGAUGAGGACUAAAAUCUUCGUUUGGAUUUUUGCAUAAACCCUGGCCAGCCUGCGCUCAUCCUGGGGAUUAACCGAAGACAAGAUCAAAUGCCAUGGGUUCAAAUGAUAGAUAUGAACCGUUCGUUGCAACUGUCUUUGCAUCCAAACUGCCAUGGGGUUCAUAUCUAUUUUUCUUCAAAUGUUGGCUUUGGUGUUAGAACUCUGUUAUCUGUCUUUGUGUCUUUGUGUCUUUGUGUAUAUAUAUACCCACAAGUAGUUUGUUGAUUGUUAUAUUGGGAAAUUGAUACUGAAACUCGGGAGAUCUGUCAUACA